GAAUCCCCCCCCAAUCCCCAUCAUUCCCGUCACAUCCCCAUCCCGGCCCAGCCCAGCCACUUUUUUCUCCUGCCGACAGUCGCACGGGUGGACCGACGGUGGCCCAUGUCCACCACGCACACCUCACCCCAAACACACCCCCGUCUCCCAGCCCAGCCCAGUCCCUCUGCCCCAGUGCAAGACAGCUCCCCAGCCCGCGCCGGGUGGCCCGUGACCUGCUGAAGCCGCCCGCUGCCACCACCGCCCGGACCCCCAGCUUCCAAGCUUCCUUCGGCCUCACGCCUUGCGACGGUCGCGACGACGACGUCAACACCGAGCGAUUGCACCGACGACACAGGCACCUACAGCGACGGCGACGCCAUAGCGGCCCUGGAAUCUCAACGGCGCAGGCGCAACGAUAGAGUCCCUUUGCGCCCUUUCGCAACAUCCACUACCUCCUCUCGCGCCCCCCCCCUGGUUCCCAGGCAGCGCCGCCUCGGCCAGAGACUAAGACUCUUCGGAACCGGGAACCAUGGACCCUGCCGCCGCCUGCCUUGAACCCGCCGACAUGUCCUGAAGGCGCCGAAGCUUCUUCGAACGUCCACCUCCAGCUACUCGUGCAGCAGCAGCAGCAGCAGCAGCAACACCAGCAGCAGUAGCAGCAGCGGCGGCGGCGGCGGCCAGCAGCAAAGGUGGCGCCCUUCGCCCGCACCGCCCGUUGACUUACUCAUCUCAUUCUUUGCCGUAACGAGAAGCCAUGCCAUGAGUGGCAUGAUGAGUCCGCCGUUAGCACCGACACCGCCGUCUCCAUCGCCAUGUCAGCACCGGACGUCCACGGCGACAUCGACCGCGCCAUCCGCCAGCUUCUCGACCAGCAGGCCGACAUUCAGUCGCGCCUCAUCGUCCUCGCUACCACCAAACAUGGCUUCGAUCUGCCCCGGGAGCUGGACAUGCUCCGCCACAAGCACCGCGUGCUCCAAGCCGUCGUCGACCACCAUGGUGCGCCGCGUCUCACCUCCCCCCGUGUCGCCGCAUUGUUUCUGUUGCGCCCAUGUCCGUGCCUGCUGACGCCAGACCUUCCGCUUCCAGGCCUGCCGCCGCGACUGCCUGUCUUAUCUCAGAUGGAAGAAGCCAGGGCGCUGCAGUAUCACUGCGAGUGUCUCGAGGCCGCCUGUCUGCAACAUCAGGUCGAUGCGGCCAAGCAGCUGAGGCAGUCAUCCGCCGAUGGCCCCGCGGGUUUCGUCGAGUGGCUCGACCGGCACAUGGACCUUCAUGACCGCUCGCUGAGAGCUAUCAACCAACUCCAGGGCGGCUACUAUCCCCAAACCUCACCGCUUGCGUCCCCUUUCAGGUGCCCUGACGCCCACUGCAUCCACUAUGUCUACGGCUUCCCGAACCAGUCCGAACGGGACGCUCACGCCCAGCAAGCGCACAGGCCCCACACGAAGCGAGACUCAGGCUUCUCCAUGGGCAACUCUCCGCCGCUGCCGCUGUCCGAGCAUCCGGUAUUGCGCAUUGAGACAUUUCAGGCAUCCACGAGCCAGCCUGCACACGCACCCCCAGGACGGCAAGGCUCGUCGUCGUUUAGCUUGCCUCCCCUCAGCCUGCCUCCCCCGUCGAGAGAUGACAGAGGCACCUCGCUGGCUUCGAAUAUCUUCGACGAUGGCCGCCGCGGCACCAGAAGGAGCUCGGGCAUCUCGGAAGGGGAACCUCUGCUGCCGCCGCUCAAGAAAGCAAGGCUGAGCCAGCCGCGUCUGGAGUCCAUUGGCGAGCUACAGCUGCUGCGAGACAACGGGCCGUGUCUGCCCUGCGCAGUGACACGUAAGGAGUGUGAUGACGGCCAGCCCUGUUCAAAUUGCAGUAACAGCCCUCCCUAUCACCGCGACGCGUUUUGGGCAGAUGUGGGCUGCUUCCGCGAAUCUGUUGUAUCCUUUGCCGACACAUUUCUCCCAGCGCCGCUCUCACCACGACAGACCCGCACGCCCAUCACGUCUCCACUUGCACAGCGACGGAGUGUCAACGAAUACCUCAAGAACAACUACUUGUUUGAACCAGCUGUAGCAGAGGCAGUCACAAACGGUUUGGACUUUGAAGACGGGUUUUGGUGGUCGGCACAAGUUGAUGCCGCUUACGCUGCAGAUGACAGCACAUCAGGCUACAGCAGAGAGGCCAACACCUACGCUCCUCCAGUAUUCUCGACGCUCAUCAACAGGUGGCUCAUAAUACAGACCUCCCACGAUUUGCCACGGUUAUUGAAAGCCAGCGGCAGGCUGUCUGUGUCCCGGGAUGAAGAGGAGCAAACCUAUCCGGCGCUGUACAAUGCCAAGCUGCUUCUCCGCGAAGCGGUUGUCUACGGCGUGCUGCAGCCGCACGUGCCGCUUCGCUUCAACUCGCAUGAUCCCCGCCAGUCGCCGCCCGAGAAUGCCGAUCUGGACGAGCACGCGAGACUUCUGCAAGAAUGUCUGGUGCGCUUCCUCAAGUCUGUGGAGUCGCUCGUCUCGCACAGCUUUGCGGCGGACCCAAGCGUGAUAAUGGCAAAUUUCAUGGCCAUGUGCAUAUUCAGCGCCGUCCGCACCCUGUUUCUCGACUUCUCCAGAUCACAGGUCAACCCCCAUCAGCCUCGCUCUGCCGGACCAGAGUCGGAUGAGUCGGUUCAUGCUAGGUACAAGGCCCUCGUCGCUCUGUAUUCGUCUCGAUGUCCAAUGUUGGAAGACAUGUCAUACAACGGCUUUACGGAACACGAGCUGUCGCUCCUUCGAGAUGUCAGCGAGGUGCUGGACAGGAAGGCCUGGGAUGAGGAGCGCAUCGGCUCCAGCGCCGACUUUCUGAUGAAACUUGGGGACGGUAUCGCCAGGACGCGCUCAGGGCCGCUCGGCUUUCUUCAACAACGAUGGCCCGACGGCCUUUCCUGGGAAUCGUGGCAAGCCCCCAUGUUGCAGACGGUUCAAGGGCCGAGACGGUCAGCGCCUGCUGUUCCCAACCUGGCCGUCCUCCAGCCCUGGGGGCGCGUCACGCAGGAUGAUAGUGUCCUCGGGCAGGCGAACGAAUCGGACCUUCGGCCGACAUCCGAGACGGACCGUGAGCGUGUGAGAAGACACACAGUCGGGGAGUCGCCCGUGUAUCCUCGCUCCGCGGAGUCGUAUCCGCACUCUCCCGGGUCGCCCUCGAGAUUCAGGGCCCCGCCGUACCCACGGACGCAGCUCCGUAGAGUCUACUGCGACAAGUGCAAUGAGUAUCCUGAGGGGUUUCGCGGCGAGCACGAGCUGCGGCGCCACACCGAGGCGAAGCACUCAGCCAUGGUGAGGCGUUGGUUGUGCUGCGUGCCUGAGAGUCCGAGUGACCGGUCUAUCCAGCCUGUCGUGCCCUUGUCGGCCUGCAAGGCUUGCAUGGGGCUGAAACAAUACGGCGCGUACUACAACGCCGCCGCGCAUCUCCGCCGCGCUCAUUUUCAUCCGCAUCGCGGCGGCAAGGCAAGCGGUGACUGGCCUCCAAUGUCAGUCCUCAAGGACUGGAUGAAGGAAGUGCGGCAGCCCAUGGAUGGUGGUAACGACCUCGACAGCGGGGGCGAGGAUGAAGACAUCGACCCCAUCGCCGACCCUUCGCCGUCUUCCGCGAGACCCGGCCCUGGCUCGUCGAUGCAACGCUCGUUUUUUGUCUCCUCCCUCAGAGAUCCGUGGCAUCGAGAAGGUGGGAGUGGUAGCGGCACCGUCGGCGCCAUCGCUACUCUACCCGAAAACCGCAGCCAAUGUCCCAACCCAGACUGCGGGCGCAUCGUCAAGGACCUCGCCGCGCACAUGCUCACGCAUCAGGAGGAACGGCCAGAGAAGUGCCCCAUAGCGUCGUGCGAGUAUCACACCAAGGGCUUCGCGAGGAAAUAUGACAAGAACAGGCAUGCCUUGACGCACUACCGCGGCACCAUGGCAUGCCCGUUCUGCCCUGGCAUGGGAUCACCAUACGAAAAGACGUUCCUCCGUGCCGACGUUUUCAAGCGGCACCUCGCCAACGCUCACAACGUCGAGCAGACACCGCCCAAUAGCCGCGGUGGGGGCAGGCUGCUGAACGCAAUGCAUGAUCCGAGCGGCCAGGAACACGUCGCAGCCGGGGCGGGCACUGGCGCGGGGGCGAGGUGCUCCAUCUGCGGCGGACGCUUUGCCGGGGCUCAGGACUUUUACGAGCACCUCGACGAGUGCGUGCUCAGCGUCAUCGUGCCGGCGGGAUACGCCUCUGCCGGAGUCUCAACUGGCCCCGCUCCCCACGCAGCUGGCUCAGCGGCAGCGUCGACGGAUCACGAUCCGCGAGGGACUGAGGAGGACAAGAAGCCCAUGCCACAGCAGCAGCCACACCCUCCGCAACCGCAAUUGCAACAGCCUCCGCAGCAGCCACAACAGCAGCAGCAGUCUCCCCCGCCCUCAGCUGGACCUGGAUCGGCCGGCCCUAGAUGGUGACAGGCUAUCGUCGCCAAAGAAAUCGACAAUCUUCUUGUUGAUGAAACCCAUCGGGACGGCUCGCUGCGUGAGCAUAUAUAUUUAUCAACGCAGUAGCGCACAUCAGCAACACGAGCAGUCAAAGCUGGCUUCUCUUGGACAUCGAAAGUACGAGCUACGAUAAGCACUGAUUUGAACUCGAGAUACCAAAAUACCAAGACGCUGGGCGUGGAGGCGUAAAGACAGACGCGGGAGUCACGUGCGGGGUUUGUUCCGAAUCCUUUCCAUUCAAGUGUGUAUUUUUUUCCCCUGAGGAGUUGUGCUUUAGCACCUUGCUCUGCUUUCUUCUAUUUCCCCGUUGUGAUACCACAGCAAAUGCCGACGACAUUGCUCGC